AUGUGGCAUGGCAAUGAAAAAUCACCGUCAAAGAAGCCAACAAGCUCCAGACCUCUCCAUCCGUUCCGAAUGUCUGCAAUGAGUCCAAUAAAGAUGCGCCCCGACGGUAAAGAUCGUGCAUCUGUAGGACCUCUAUCUAAGCCUCCGACGACCCUGGCUAUUACACCACUCACAGUCCCACCGACGAGCCGACGUGAACCCCCACUCACUGUGAGAGCCUCUCAAAAGAACUCAAGAGGUAAUACCAUAGCAUCCAGCUCCACCUCGACCGUGUCGAACAGAAUCAAGAGAUGUCGCCAGAUUCCAAAACGCUAUCGUAAUGCAGAGUCAGAAGAAGCGGCGAUAAGAUCCCGUCACCUCCAAAAUCUGGCAGCCAGAAGCACUAUCUUGUACAGAAGAUUCCAAGCCACAGUUGUCGCUGUUGCAACUAUCCCCGCUGUUGCAACUACCCCCGCCGUCACUCCCAAACCCCGUCCCUUUAGUCUAUUCUGUAUUCAAAUUUUGGAUUUUGGAGAUGAUUUCACAAUAAUCGAGCAGCACUCAUCAGCACCAUAUUCGUAA